AUGAAGAACGUCUACUGCGAGGGCGGAAGAGUACAACUUGAGGGCUCUCAAAUCGUGGAAACUUCGUCAUACGUAUAUCUCCGACGUUCUAUGAACAUGGAAAACGACUUGAAAGAAGAACUGAAUAGAAGAAUGAGAGCAGCAUGGGCAGCAUUCGCACCCGUCAGGGAAGCUACAGACCAACUGACGGACCAAGAUCUCCGUGCUCAUCUGUUUGAGUAG